AUGUCAAAUUUCCCCAAACUGCCUCGCCUUAAGGUGGAUGAUGAGAACAUGGAGAAGCUACACGCUGCAGCCCGCAGAGGCGACGUUGACGAGAUCCGCCACCUAAUCGCGAGUGGGAUUGACCCUAAUAUAGUUAACCGCUUCGGAUGUACUGCCCUCCACCUUGCCUGCAAGUUUGGGCAGGUCGACGCGGCGAAAUACCUGGCGGAGAUCAGUGAUGUUCAGACGCCUUGGCAUGGCCAAAAACCGCUGCACCUCGCCGUGCUGUCUAACAAACUAGACUUAGUCACCGCGCUCAUCGAGGGCGCGCAAAAGCGGGAGUGGCCUUUGGAGAACAUGCUCAACGAGUGUGACGAGAUGGAUAUUACCCAGAUCGGGGAGCAUUUUAAGAAGACGAAAUCGCAGAGCGCGCUGCACUGGUGUGUCGGCCUGGGGAAGGACUACCUGCCGAUGCUGGAGCACCUCAUCAGUUUCGGCGCCUCGGCGACCACGCGGGAUAAGGAAGGCGAAACCGUCCUCAUGCGGGCGAUGGAGUUCAACAACGACGCGGCGAUGCAGAUCAUGAUGACUCGUGUGCCGAGGAAUUCGCUGAGGAUCGAAGUCAUUGAUCAUUCUGGCCGGACCCAUUUGCACUGGGCAUGCAUUACUAACCAUGAGGAAUACGGUCUUGAGUUUGUUGAACGAGGCCUGGAUGUCAACGUGGAGGAUCAGAAUCAUAUAGUACCGCUGUAUCUCGCGAUUCAGGGUGCGAUGCUGCGCCUCACCGAAGUUCUUAUCGAGAAGGGUGACAGUUUCUGGAUACAAAAUGCACCUUUUCAUAAUGGUCGUACAGUCAUGCUGGAUCGGAUCGAGUGGUUACCGUUUGUGAAACCCGAGGAUGAAGCUGACCCGAAACAAAAUUUAGCUAUCGAAGAAAGGAAGGAAGAGGUUCUGGCUCUUUUCCAGAAACGCCUUGAUGAGCUUCUUGUGACUCAGGAUUCUCAAACUAACGUGUCCACGAAACGUAAGAAGGGAAAGCCUGUUAUCAAGAAAAUGCAGCUGGCACCCUCUGCUCCCUACCGUUCACGUUCUCGUUCUCGUGUGAACGAAAUAAGGAAACCGAUUAAUCGAGGUUUGUAA